UCACACUCUGUCAGCCUCAACUUUAUUAGUCUCUCCUCUUUGCAUAGGUCUCAGUGAAAACCCAAUUGUUUUCAUGUUUUUAAUAAAUAUAUUCAAAAUAAAUAAUGAAAACGACAAUAACAGAUGUUUUGCGGCAAAUCGAUGCCUAUCCAAAGACUCUGGAGGAUUUCCGAGUGAAAACAUUCAGUGGAGCACUGGUCACGAUAAUAAGCUCCAUAAUAAUGGCUCUACUUUUCUUCUCGGAGCUCAGAGAUUAUUUAACACCUAAUUUGAAUGAAGAAUUAUUCGUUGACACUUCAAGAAGUUCGAAGUUGAGAAUUAAUUUGGACGUUGUUAUUCCCACAAUUUCGUGUGAUUUGUUAUCAUUAGAUGCCAUGGAUACCACUGGUGAGCAACAUCUCCAAAUAGAGCAUAAUAUUUAUAAAAGACGAUUGAAUUUGGAAGGAAAGCCAAUUGAGGAGCCAAAGAAGACAGACAUUGCUGAUACAAAAGUAACAAAGAGUGACGAGUUAGAAACUACGACUGAAACUCAGUGCGGCGAUUGCUAUGGGGCUGCCAGUGAAGAGUUGGGGAUAAAAUGCUGUAAUACAUGUGAGGACGUGAAAGAAGCUUACAGAAAAAGAAAAUGGGCAUUCCCCGAGGUAUCCACGAUAAAACAAUGUCAGAAUGACAAAUCUGCUGAGAAGAUGAAGAAUGCUUUCCUCGAGGGUUGCCAAAUUUACGGUUCCAUGGAAGUCAACAGAGUUGGAGGAAGCUUCCACAUUUCCCCUGGUGAUAGUUUCUCAAUUAAUCACGUUCAUGUCCACGACGUUCAACCCUUCACCUCGAAUCAAUUCAACAUGAGCCACAAAAUUCGUCACCUGAGUUUCGGUGUAAAUAUCCCUGGCAAAUCGAAUCCCAUGGACAAUACAACUGUUAUUGCUGAUGAAGGUGCAAUGAUGUAUCAAUAUUAUAUUAAAAUUGUUCCUACGACGUAUUUUCGAGUUGAUGGGGCUCAACUCCAGACGAAUCAGUUCUCUGUGACGAGACAUUCGAGGAAAAUUGCUAUGAUCAGCGGUGGAUCUGGGAUGCCAGGGAUUUUUUUCAGCUACGAGUUGAGUCCCUUGAUGGUGAAAUAUACUGAGAAGAAAAAAUCCUUUGGGCAUUUUGCAACGAAUGUCUGUGCCAUCAUCGGUGGAGUCUUCUCAGUAGCUGGUCUCAUUGACACUUUCUUGUACCACUCAGUUCGGGCGAUCCAGAAAAAACAAGAAUUAGGAAAAUUCAGCUAGAGGCAUUCCAGAAUUUUUGCCAAAAAAGUCGAUUGCACAUCCCCGAGGAGAAUUAUUCAAUUGCCUCGAAGUCUGAUCUUUGUAUUUUAUUAAAUCAAAAUGAAUAUAAUAAGAUAAU